ACUAUAUAUACAGAGACUCCUACUUUCUAUUUCAUCAUCAACACAAACAAGUUCCUUCAUUUCCUAUAGUUUCAUCAUCAUCGCAACAUAAACCCACAACUUCCUUCAUUUCCUAUUCGUUUACAUCAGAAAAGAAAAACAAACAUGGCUGAGAAGACACACCAGGCUUAUCCUUUGGCUCCGGCAAAUGGUUACACAAGAAGCGAUGGGGAGUCUUUGUCCGAGGACGAGAUCAAGCGCAAGAAGAGAAUCAAGUGUUUUGCUUAUAUUGGUAUUUUCAUUGUGUUCCAGAUCGCAGUCAUGACUGUCUUUGGUCUCACUGUGAUGAAAGUCAAGACCCCCAAGGUUAGACUCGGCACAAGCACCCUCAGAGACUUCACCUCUUCCACUACAGCGCCUUCGUUCAGCACAACCUUCAACACCCAAAUCAGGGUCAAGAACACCAACUGGGGUCCUUACAAGUUCGACCAAGGUAUCGUGACAUUCAUGUACCAGGGUACACCUGUGGGGACAGUCGUUGUACCCAAGGGCAAGGCUGGGAUGCGUGGCACCAAGAAGAUCAACGUGAAUGUGAGCUUGAACACUGCUGCAUUGCCGAGCAGCUCUACUCUCGGCGGCGAAUUGAGCGGUGGGGUGUUGACGCUGACCAGCGAAGCAAAAUUGACCGGAAAGGUGGAGUUGAUGUUGAUCAUGAAGAAGAAAAAGUCAGCUAGUAUGAACUGCACCAUACAAAUUGAUGUGUCCGGACAGACCGUCAAAAGCUUAGAAUGCAAGUGAUAUACUAGACAUGCUGAUUAGGCAAUUUUUUUAUUCUUUUAUUUAUUUUAUUUUUUUUGCUCUGCGUGACGCCUUUGGUUUGUUGUGGAUAUAUAGAUGGUAUUUUUUAUAUAGUGUUUGACCACGUGUUAUUUUUCUCUC